GGCUGAAGGCCGGCGACGAGGAGCUACAGGAUCGGUCCGAGAUGGGUGCUUUGGGUCUGGAGGAGGAGACAGAUGCAAAACACAGUUAUACUCCACUGUGGCGGAGGUGGAGGAGACACUGAAGCGACUUCAGAGCCAGAAAGGCGUGCAGGGUAUCAUCGUGGUGAACACAGAAGAAGCCAGUCAGUAUGGUGCAGCCCUGUGAAUGGAGCCCCGCCAUGGAGUCAACAGGCCUGCAUUUUAAUCCUGGCCCUACUGCUUAUCUUUAUCUGCUAUGCGACCGUAGACAGGCCGCUUCCCCACUCAGAGUUUCUGUUGCCUCGUUGGCAGGCAUUCCCAUCAAGAGCACCAUGGACAAUCCCACCACCACACAGUAUGCCAACCUCAUGCACAGCUUCAUCUUGAAGGCCCGGAGCACCGUGCGUGAAAUUGACCCCCAGAAUGACCUCACCUUCCUUCGAAUUCGCUCCAAGAAAAAUGAAAUUAUGGUUGCACCAGAUAAAGACUAUUUCCUGAUUGUGAUACAGAAUCCAACCGAAUAAGCCACUCUCUUGGCUCCCUGUGUCAUUUCUUAAUUUAAUGCCCCUCAAGAAGAAGAGCGUGAAUCAUGUCAACUGACUGGCACGUGGAAGUCACUUUAGUGCCCUCUCAGACCCUACCAGUGACGGGUGGACUGUGGCUCCACCCACCCCACUAAAGCCAUCCCUCUGUUAGCCAGUCACCCGAUCUUCCGGCAGAGCCCGCAUUCCUCUGGUCCAAGUUUCAGAGCAAGAGCUCGUGAGAAGUCCACACCCUGUUUCCCUCUGAAUUUGAGUUCACUGUGUCGCCCUUGGAAGAGGCUGUUUUUCUUUAACUAAAAAUAACCAAAACACUUA